CAACAACAGAAUAAAACGGUGGUUCGGUCUAUUGAUCACUAUCAUCAGAGAUCUAUUAUUGGCGGUUCUGCUUCUAACUUCUAUGAGAAAUCACAUAAUAAGCCGAUUCGCGCUCAAUACUUCCCAAAAAUACUAACCAUUGAUUAUUGUUGGUCUGGUUGGCAAGAACUACAGAGAGGUCCAGCUGCCAUCGUGUCCGUAGGACGUGCAUUCCACCGCAUCUCAUGUUUCUGACGAUCAGUGGCAAGCUGUAAUGCAUCCGCUUUCCACUACAAGCGGUAUCCCAAGAUCGAUUCUUGUUACGGUGGACUGGGGUAUUGCGUCAUAGCGACGUUAUGCAUGGACUGAACGCAGCAGCGCUCAUUACUCCUACAUUCCGCCAGCAUCAUUUCAAUCGUUCCUAUACAUCCCAAUACUACUCAAUUACACUCUUCAAUCUUUAAUAAUAAUUAGGAGAAGCGAGCGAACAAAACCAUGCUUUCAAGAUCAUUAAGACGAGCAGGCGCCCUUCCCUGGGUGCGCUCGUCGAUCCCUCGUCCCGGACGUCGCUGUAUGGCGAGCGUUGCGAAUAUGGACGAUAUUCCUACGGAAGACGACCGACUCUUCAAAGUCCCUAUUUCAGAACAAAGCUACUCAACAUAUAAUUUCGACCCGCCGCCAUACUACGUGGAGACGACCAAAAACGAACUUAAACAAAUCUUCCGCGACAUGUCGAUGAUCAGACGUAUGGAGUUAACCGCUGACGGGCUCUACAAGGAGAAGAAGAUCCGGGGAUUCUGCCAUCUGUCCACGGGUCAGGAGGCCGUUGCCGUUGGCAUUGAGCAUGCGAUCACCAGGAGUGACAAGUUAAUCACGGCAUACCGGUCCCAUGGGAACACGCUGAUGCGUGGAGGGACCGUUGAGUCCAUCCUUGGGGAGCUACUCGGGCGCCGAGGCGGCAUCUCGUAUGGAAAAGGCGGCUCGAUGCAUAUGUUCUCCGAGGGCUUUUACGGUGGCAACGGGAUUGUAGGAGCUCAUGUCCCUCUCGGUGCUGGCAUCGCAUUGGCUCAACAGUAUAACGACACGAAAAAUGUCACCAUCGAUCUAUAUGGCGAUGGAGCUGCAAACCAGGGACAGGUUCACGAGACAUUUAACAUGGCCAAGCUGUGGAACUUGCCUGUGAUUUUUGGCUGUGAAAACAACAAGUAUGGCAUGGGCACUUCGGCUGAUCGAGCUUCUGCCAUGACCGAGUACUACAAACGCGGCCAAUACAUCCCCGGACUGCAGGUAGAUGGAAUGGACGUCCUUGCCGUUCUCUCGGCCGUCAAACAUGGCAAGAAAUUUGCCCUAGACGGAAAUGGGCCUCUAGUAUACGAGUUCGUCACCUAUCGCUACGCAGGACACUCCAUGUCCGACCCGGGAACCGCCUACCGGAGUAGAGAUGAACUUCAGACCCAGCGAUCGAACGACCCUCUCACCAACUUCCGGGAUAGAUUGAUCGACUGGGGUGUAUUCACCCAGGAGGAAGCCAAGUCCAUCGACAAGGAAGUGCGGGAGAAGAUGAACAGUGCGAAGGCCGAGGCUGAAAAUAUGCCCGAGCCCGAGCAACGGAUGGAUAUCCUAUACGAGGACAUUUAUGUCCGCGGUAGCGAGCCUCGACAAAGACGAGGGCGAACCAUCGAUGAAACCUUCUACCAGGGUUAAAUUUGGCGUCCAGCUACUGAUAUCAAGGCAUUCUCUCGUAUCACAUGUGCAUAGAACUCGGGAAAGGCACACGAAC